AUGGGGUUAUCAAAAGGUGAUCGGUGUGAUGGACCAGUAAAAACCUUCAACGGAUAUAAUUGUCACAUCGGGUGUCGCAAAAAAAAUGAAUCAGAGUGGGAGAUUGGUUUGUUAGUAUGGAACGAUCCACCUCCGUCACUUUACUGGAAAGCCGAGUACAAAAUCAGAACAAAUGAUGGUGUUGAGACAGUUGGUACGACAGAUGGAACAUUUAGAGACUAUCUCCCGAUCUCGUUUCGAAACGAUCCAAAGUAUUUCAUUAAUGGAAACAUGAAAAUUGAAUGUCAUGUGGAAGUGUAUGAAGUAGAUGAAAAUGGAGUCAGGACGGCGGUAAUUGAAAACGAAACAGAAAUCGGAAAUGUGACACCACGACUGUUCGACGAGUCGGUGAAAGAGUUUAGUGAUGUCGUGUUGGUGAUCGAGAAGAAGAAGUUCUAUGUGAAUAAAUUGUACCUUGCCUCGGAAUCUUCCUACUUCAAAUCUCUGUUCAUCGGAAGUUUCGAAGAAUCGAAGAAAGAUGAAAUCAGUCUGAAAGAUGUCGAAGCGAAAUACUUCCAAUUGUUUCUCGAAUCUCUUUAUGGAGACCCUGUUAUCAAUGAUGAAACAGUCGAUGGGAUACUGAAACUGGCAGACAUGUUCGAUGCAAAAAGAGUCAUUCUAAAGUGUAAGGUAUAUUUAAUCAAGAAUUCAAAGAAGAGUCUGAAAGAGAAACUAGAUUUGGCUGUGCAAUUCAAUUCGAAUGAAUUAAAGGAAUUCUGUCUGAAACAGAUCAAAACUGUGGAAGAUAUUCGUUUUGUAAUAUCCGAUAAUCUAGAAGAAAUGGACCAUUCCGUGUUGGCUUCUCUUUUUGAGAAAUUGCUUGAAUUUAAUAAUCAAUAA